CAAUUGCGUGGCUCUGGCUCCCAGUUCCCCACGCAGGGGGAGGAGGGACACGCGUGGACCCGAUUCCCCAAAUUCCCCCCGUGGCUGCAGCCCCCGGUCCCGGCGCUCACCUCGGCGGCGGUGCGGCGGGCAGUGCUGCGGGGCGGCCCGCCCCGGCAUUUACAUAGGGCUCCGCGCCCGCCGCCGCCUAUAAGAGCCGGUGCGGGACGGUGCCGCCCGAUCCCCGCCGCCGCCGCCACCGCCCGCAGCAUCACAUUUCCUUGUCCCUCCGGGGAGUUUUGAGGUGGACCUGCUGCAGCUGGUUAUUCUGGAGCUGAGCUGGGACUGGCCACCACCACCACUGUGACCAGCCCUCUCCCGGAGGUGCAGGAUGACUCUCUUUGACGGCAUCUACCCCUUCUACCCGCAGCUGAGGAAGGCCUCCGUGUUCAACGUCAGCACCAUCAUAGUCAUCGUGGUCUUCCUCACGUUUGCUUGCAGCUUCCUGCUCAUCACCCCGGGCAUCCGUGGACGGGCGAGGCUGUACUGGACACUGCGGGUUCUUCUCAGCCUCAUCGUGGGAGUGGUGAUUGUCACUGUCCAGUUCACAGGGGACUGGGAGACCGGUUGGGUGACAGCAAACACUUCCUACAAGUCCUUCAGCCAGGCCCUGGUCAACGUGGACAUCGGGCUGCACGUUGGCUUGGCGGGGGUGAAUGUCACGCUGAUGGGAAACCCAGUGAAUCAGGUCAAUGAGACCAUCAACUACAACGAGCACUUUGACUGGAGCUUCAGUGCAGACUACGACCACAGCUAUGGUGAAGGACUGGAGAAAGGGCUGCCUAACCCCAUCCUUUAUGUGGCGGAGAAGUUCACCACGCAAAGCCCCUGCAACCUGCACAGGCAGUACCGCAUCUCCGGCCACUACGCGUCGGCCACUCUCUGGGUGGCCUUUUGCACUUGGCUCAUCUCCAACAUGCUGUUCUCCAUGCCCGUCCUAGUCUAUGGAGGCUACAUGCUGCUGAUCACAGGGGCCUUCAUGAUCUUCUCGUUGAUCUCAUUCUCCACUGUGAGGAACUCCCCGAUGUGCCCAAUCCACUUUGGGACUGCAGUCCUGCACAUAGGCUAUGGGGGAUCUUUCUGGCUCACGCUGGUGAUUGGCUUGCUCUGUCUUGUGGCCGGGAUCGCUGUUGUCGCACUGCACUACUUCAACUUGGACUUGCUGAAAACUUUCUUCGACCUCCGCGAGGACAAAGCAGAGGAGUACCAGGAGAUGACUCAAGUGUACGUCAACUCUCAUUGUGGAAACAAAGGACUGUGUCCUUCUCAGCCCUCCAAACUCAACAGCAUCUAGAAGAAAGUUUUUCCUGCACUUUCCCUGAAGGUGAGUCUGAAAGUGCAGGACACAAAUCCUUCUUGAUGUCCCCAGAAAUCCAUUUCCCCAUUCAACUGCCUUUGAAGAGCACACGAGCGCACCUUGGGAUGAUGUGAUGUACCUUUGCAGGCUGUAUCUCCCAGACCGUGCCCUCUGGAAAAGGACAGGCUUUGCAGAGAGCUGCAAAGGGAGCAGCUCCCAGCUCUGGUGACUUGAGCUGGACCCUCCCCUGGGGAUCUCUGUCCCAGGAGAAAUGUCCCUCCUGCCUUGUGCCCUGGCACAACGUGGUGCAGCGAGUCUCCGAUGACCAGUUCCCACAGCAGAAACUGAGCUCACUGCUCACGUUCUCAUGAGGAGGACCCCUGACUCCAAAAGACAGUGAUUAAAGCUGCUCAUCUCUUUCUCAAGCACUUGAUAAAGUAUAGACCUUUUCAUGUAGACCUUUCGGCCUACCUAGGAAAGCCAGGCACAGACCCCAACCCCACCAGGCUGGAUGCUGCACGAGCUGCUCCAGAAAUACAGACUGAGCAAACCUGCGAUGCAGUUUGCGCAGGGAGAAUGUGGCGAUGUGAUUUCUUUUCGCUUCCAAACCUGGGCUUUGUUAGGUAAGACUUGUAGCCUAGUGUGGGCUGAAAACAUGCCAGAGGGAAGGACAGAGCCAGAAGGCUGAAGUCAUCCCCAUCCAGCUGGAGCACACUUGGGCUGGUUGGGCUCACCACAAAAUGCAAACCGGAGGCCAGAGCCAGCCAAGGUGAGAAAUGACACACAUCAGGCUGCGUUAUUGCAAACAGAAGACGGGCUCUGGCACCAAACCCACAGCCUGAGGGAGCCUCCAAGCACCCGCAUAAGGAGAUCACUACAUCGGAAUGCUGGAGACCCGGGCAGCUUCAGCCCAAUUAAUUGUAAAGGACAUAAUUUCAGUAUUUGGACUCUUUUCUAUCUUGAAAAAAGACCCUUGCUGUUAAGUUACUUACUUCUUUCACAUCAUAUUUGUGUUGCACUAAUGUGAUUUGUUAUGGGCAAGAAUUAUUAUUUUUUACAAAACUUCAUUAAAGCCCUGCUCCUUGGAAAUGCUUUGGGCAUUUUGGGGGGCUGGUUUCUUAA